AUGGCUGAUGAAGUUAUUGACAAUGUUGCGCGAGGUGCAAACGCGAUGGAGUUGGACGAGGGCCAACUCGCGCGGAUGAGGGUUCCUGAGCUCAGGAUGGAGCUCAGACAGAGGCACCUGCGAACCAUUGGUCGUAAGCGUGAGCUAUGGGAACGUCUGCAAGCUGCACUUUCGGUCGAACGAGAACGAGUUCAAGACGAAGAAGAAGAAGACGAAGCAGAUGGCAACGUCGACGACGAUGAAGAUGAAGAAGAAAAUAAAGAUGAAAACGUCGAGAUUGUUCCCACGCGGAACGAUUACCGGAACCAACUCCAGGUUCCAGAACACAAUGAUGAAGCUGGCGCCCAAGGAUCACCGGUCAUUCGCCGGCCCCGAGGAAGUCAGCACGUGCUGUUAACGUUCAAGGACGUUGAAGGUACGCUGAAAAAGUUCAGUGGCGAUGAUCACACUGAUGUACGACGAUGGCUCCAAAAGUUCGAAGAGAUGGCGGAACUGUGCAAAUGGAGUGACGUUCGAAAGGUGGCUUAUGGCAAGCGACUGUUAGAAGGUUCCGCGAAUUUAUUCGUGGAAAACGAGAAUUGUAGCAGAACAUGGACGAAGUUGAAGAAGGCGCUGAAGGAAGAGUUUGAGAAAACCGUAGAAAGUAUACAAGUGCACCGGAAACUCGUGAAACGGAAGAAGAAAUCUGACGAGACGCUACAGACCUAUGCGUAUAAGAUGCUGCAGAUCGCAUCCCAAGUCAAUCUUGAAGUGAGUGUAGUUAUCAAGUAUAUAAUCGAAGGUAUUCCCGAUGAAGCUGUAAACAAGUCAAUCUUGUACGGAGCUCAGACGAUUCAGGAACUGAAAGAACGAUUCAGUCGGUAUGAAAGCAUGAAACAGGAAGCUGCAAAGACGAAGACCAAAGCAGUGGAGCGGAGUGACAAAUCUGGAAAAGCUGACGACAGUAACAAGAAGAAAAAUAGUGAAGUGAAAUCAACCGCGGUAGCAGUGAAGCGUUGCUAUAAUUGCGGGAGUGAUAAGCACGUAAGUUCCGCGUGUCCCGAUUCGCAAAAGGGUAAAAAGUGUUUUAAGUGCAAUGGUUUUGAGCACAUCGCAGCGGGGUGUCCAGACAAUAAUAAGCCGAAAGAUGUGUAUGUGAUAUCGCGGCCAAAGAAAGAAAAAUAUCAGGAAAUUGUUUCAAUUAAUGAUUAUAAGACUCUAGCAUUAGUUGACACAGGUAGUGACCUAACUUCAAUUUGUAAGAGUGAGUACGAGAGGUUGGGGGCACCGACCCUCAGAGAAACGCAGGUAUGUUUCGAAGGUUUGGCGUCUGGUAUGAAUGCAACUAUGGGUGAGUUUACCACCAGCAUGACUGUAGAAAAUGAUGUAUACAUUGUUACUUAUCAUGUCGUACCCGAUGCUAUAUUAAACCAUCCUAUUCUCCUGGGUACUGAUUUUCUAGAUCAAGUUGAACUCCGCGUCCGGCAUGGAGACGUUACAUUUUUAAAGAUUGAUAAUGGCGAUCAUGUUAACGUAGAUGAAUCGGGAGAAUCUUACAUUCACCAAAUUAAUGUUAUUGAUAAAGCCGACGAACUAGAUUUGUCUCACAUUACCGAAGAAUAUUAUCGGGAAGAGAUCCUUAAGAUAACAACAAAUUAUAAACUAGAUAAAACGGAAGAUAUCGGAAUAAAAGCAAAAAUAAUGUUAAGAUCUGAUGAGCCAAUUGUUUCGCGACCACGGCGGUUGCCUCCGUCGGAACGUCGGGAAGUUAGCGAUAUCGUAAAUAUGGGGAUGGAGGAAGGCAUUAUCCGUCCUUCGAAUUCAGAGUACGCGAGUCCAAUCGUUCUUGUACGGAAGAAAGACGGGUCAGCCCGGCUUUGCGUGGAUUGUCGGAAAUUAAAUAGAAUUAUUUUGAGACAGCUAUCACCUUUGCCUUUGAUUGAAGAUCAGCUAGACGCGUUAGAAGAAGGAAUAUAUUUUACAGCCGUUGAUCUAAAGAACGGGUUUUUUCACAUCGAUGUCGCGGAAGAAUGUCAAAAAUUUACAGCUUUUGUAACGCUCGACGGACAGUUAGGUUUCGGAAACUUCCGUUCGGAUUGUCUAUCUCUCCUACCGUUUUUCAACAAUUCAUAA